AGGCUGCUCUCAUUACAAGCUGUGUCCAUUGAUCGCUUCUUGCUGAGGGCCGAGCGGGUCGUCCCUCUGCAUAUCCGGGAGAGUAGCAUUUUCUUCAGCAGCGAGGGGCGCAAAGGCAAGAACGGCGUAGCAGGCCAGCUACUGAGAGGAUGUCAUACUACUCUUCGUCCCGCAGCUCCUCGCGAUCGUCCGACUGCAAGGUCUAUGUGGGCGACCUGGGCAACGGGGCGGCCAAGGGUGAGCUGGAGCGGGCGUUCAGCUACUAUGGUCCCCUGCGCAGCGUCUGGGUGGCGCGGAACCCGCCCGGGUUUGCCUUCGUGGAGUACGAGGACUCCCGCGAUGCAGAGGAUGCAGUGAAGGGCAUGGACGGAAAAGUGCUGUGCGGCACCCGAAUACGCGUGGAGAUAUCAACAGGCCUCUCUCGCAAUACUCGCUACGGACGCCCAAGCCGUCGCCAGUUCGACCCCAACGACCGCUGCUACCAGUGUGGAGAGACUGGCCACUACGCGUAUGACUGUCAUCACUUCAACAAGAGAGGGGGUGGCCGGCGAAGCAGGUCACGAUCGCGCUCUCGGUCGCGGUCCCGGGCACGCUCUCGAUCUCGCUCCAGAUCCCGGGGUCGUCGUUACCGUUCCCGUAGCCGCAGCAACGACCGCAGGUACCGCUCCCCAUCAUACUCAAAGCGCAGAAGCAGAUCUGGCUCUCCAGCUCGUUCCAGAACUCCUGUCAGGAGCAGUCGCUCCCGUUCCCGCUCAGUGUCCCGUGCCAGGGGGCGCAGUGUAUCCCAGUCCCGCUCUCGCUCCCGCUCCAGGUCCCGUUCCCCCAGCCCCAGAAGGGACAGCCACUCUAGGUCUCCCAGCCCCAGAAAGAGCCUCACUCCUGACGCGGACUGACUCCAGACAUGGCCCCCUUUGCCUGUCCCCUCCUCCCCGGCCUGCCUUUGUUCCCACAUGCCUAGGAGGAUGAAGGCUUUUUAAAUUGAUUUGUCUCCAUCUGUAAUAAGUCCUACCCCCUGCCCCUUUUCCAUUUUUUUUUGAAGCUGUAUUAGUGUUCAGUUACCAAGACUCUUCAGGCCCAAGCUGACAUCACCCCCUGCCCCUCUCCCCAAAAUUGAGCCCUAAACAGAGCCAUUCUAAAGCCUUUGUUUUGCCAUCUCUGUGACUGCCCUUUUUGGUAAGAGAAGAUACUGUAUAGGAUCUUUUGGCCAUGAUUUUACCUUUCCACACCAGAGAACUCUCCAGUUGCAGGUGUGUUUUCUUGAAUAUGUUGUAAAUAUUCAGCCACAUUGGACUGUAGUCUCUUAUGGACUUGUGUUGUCUGAAAGUUUUACCAGACAGAUGGUUGCACUCCCAUGAAAUGCCUUAGGGCUGCAGUGAGCACAGGAUCGUUUGUCUGGUAAAUGGCCAUUUUUUUAAAUAAAGUAAAU